AUGUUUGCAGGACUGGCAGCUUUCAUUCUUUUGAGCACAGCUUCUCUGAUUCAAACUGCAGAGGUUCCUCAACAGAUCUCUUUGACUGUGGCUGAACUUGGUGAUAAUCUGACUUUGACAUGCCCAAUCUUUGAGGAGGAGGCUGGGUUGUUUUACUGGUAUGAACUGAGUUUUGGAUAUAUGUUCCAGACUAUUGCUAUGGGAUCUUUUGGCAAAAUGACACUCAAAACACCAUUUAAUGACUCAAGAUUCAAAAUUACUAGUGGCAAUACACAUUAUUUUCUUAGCAUCAGAAAUGUAAGCAAAGAAGAUGAAGCAACAUACUUUUGUCAAGCUGGAUCUGCAUACGUAAUGAACUUUAUUAAUGGCACACAUCUGGCUGUGAAAGAUCAUAGAGAACAGCAGAAAUCUUUCUACGUGAAACAAAUUCCAAAGAUGGAGUCAGUCCAGUCGGGCAAGUCAAUGACUUUGCAGUGUUCACUUCUUUCCAAGAAGAAAGAAAACAGAGCCCAGUGUCCAGACCAACGCAAUGUGUACUGGUUCAAAGCUGGAUCAGCAGACUCACACCCAGGCGUCAUUUACACUGAUAAAACCAGCUGUGAUGAACAAGAGGAAAGGAGCUGUGUCUACAGUCUGUCCAAAACUAUACAGGACUCCUCUGAUACUGGGACUUACUACUGUGCUGUGAUCUCAUGUGGACAGAUCCUGUUUGGAGAGGGAACAAAAGUGGAGAUAGGAAAAGAGUGGGACCCACUUCCUCUUGUGCUGGGAGCGCUGUUGGCUCUCUGCAUCAUUGUGAUUGCUGUCCUUAUUUUCUCAAGGGACCGAGGAUGA